AUGUCACAUCAGAACCAAGCAAGUAAAAGAGCAAAAACUAUUGAUUCAUUCUUCAAGAAAAAAAAUGAUGGUGAUAAAUUAGAAAAUGACAAGGCUUCUACAUUCAGUGACAAGGCUUCACCAUCAAUUGAGUCACCUCAUCACACAUCUCCCCUAGUUGAACCUAACCAGUUUGAUAUUGCUUUUUUGGAACGAGACCCUGGGAAACGUAUUCAAAUAUCUGAAUACCCUAUUAAUCAACAUGAUGAGGUUCGACGUGCUUAUAUCAAAGUUGGCCCUUACCAACCAAAAUUAUCAGAAUAUCCAAGUCCUGCAUUAACUACUGAGGGUUUUAAUAAUUGGAAAAGAGUUAAUGACGGAAAGAAUUGUGUAUUUUUUACUCAUGUUGGAGGUCCAUCUUCAUCGCAUAAUACUUGUGAAAGAUGUAUGGAGGAUUUGAUGAACCCAUCUCACCAUGUCGACAAAGUUAUUAAUCGACAAUCAAAGGAAGACAUUUUGAAAAACCGGUUACGGCUCAAGACAACGAUAGAGUGUGUUCGAUGGCUUACAUAUCAGGCAUGUGCUUUUAGGGGUCAUGAUGAAUCUUUGGAUUCUAAAAAUCGUGGAAAUUUUAUUGAAAUGGUCAAGCAUACAGCAAAGUUUAAUGAUGAGGUGGCUGGAGUUGUUUUAGAGAAUGCCCCAGGAAAUGCAAAAUAUACCUCACCCAAGAUUCAAAAGGAGAUUUUAAAUAUUCUUGCAAACAAAGUGAGAAAAAAAAUUCGUGAAGAAGUUGGGCAUGCUGCUUUUUGUAUCCUUGUUGAUGAAUCACAAGAUACGUCAAAUAGAGAGCAAAUGGCUAUUGUUUUAAGAUUUGUUGAUAAUGAUGGUUUUCUACGUGAACGUUUUUUUGACAUUGUGUGGGUUGAAGACACUACUGCGUCAACACUUCAAAAAGAGAUCAAGAAAGUACUUGAUCUCCAUGAAUUAUGUAUUGACAAGAUGAGAGGUCAAGGAUAUGAUGGUGCUAGUAAUAUGCGGGGUGCAUGGAAUGGGCUACAAGCAUUAUUUCUUAAAGAUUGCCCAUAUGCAUUUUAUGUACACUGUUUUGCUCAUCAACUACAGUUGGCAUUAGUUUCAGCAUCAAAAGAAGUAGCUACAAUUUGGUUAUUCUUUUCAUCAUUGAAUUCAAUUGUCAAUGUCAUUAGGGCUUCUCCAAAACGUCAUACUGAGUUACAAGUUGCUCAAUCAAUGAAUAUUGUAGAGCUGUUGAUUGCUGGUGAACGAGAGACUGGUAGAGGAGCUAAUCAAAUUGGUACCUUGCAUCAACCUGGAGCUACUCAGUGGAGUUCUCAUUAUGAUUCCGUUUGUGACUUAAUAGAAAUGUAUGAUGCAGUUUGUACGGUUCUUGAGAAUAUAAAGAAUGAUGGAUCCACAGGCUCCUUACAUGGGGAAGCUACUGGUGGAUACAAUGCGAUUAGGCAAUUCGAAUUUGUAUUCAUCUUGCAUCUAUUGAAAGAAAUUAUGGGACUCACAGAUAUCCUUUGUCGAGAACUACAACAUAAGUCUCAAGACAUCGUGAAUGCUAUGAACCUAGUUGGUACAACAAAAGAUGUCCUUGGAAAAUUGAGAUUAAAUGGUUGGGAAACUUUUAUUGGGAAAGUUGAUUUGUUUUGCAAGAAACAUGACAUUGAUAUGCUUGAUAUGAAUGCUCAAUAUAAAGUGGGAACAGGUCAUUCUUGUCAACAAAAGGACAACAUUACAGUUGAGCAUCGUUACCACUUUGACAUAUUCAAUGAUGCAAUAGAUUUUCAAUUGGCAGAGUUGAAUAGUAGGUUCAGUGAAGGGGCAAUGGAACUUCUUAUUCUUAGUUCAGCUUUGGACCCUAGUGAUUCUUUUAAAUAA